AUGUUGUCUGAAUAUUGUUUAGAAUUUGAAGAUCAUAAUCGCUCUACUUUUACUUUGAGUAAUUUAGAAUUAAAAAGCCACUAUGAAGAAAGUUAUUCAAGAAUUGACCAAGAGAAUUAAUAAUUUACUUAAGUCUCAAAACAAACUUAAAAAGGAAAUAACAAAAAUCAUUAAGAAGCAAAAAAUGUCCCUAAAAAUAUGGGAGUAUUAAUCAAGAAUUACUUUAGUAAUUAUAACUUUAAUUUUAGUCAAUAAUUAUAAAGAUGUUGUUAGAUAGAAUAUUACUAUAAAAAAGUUCAUUAGUAAAGUUAAUAAUAAAAAGAAUUAUACUCGUAAAGAUUUAAAGGUCCUUUUUUCAAAUGAAUAGGCAAGACUUUUAUGCAAAGAAUACCUUUCUAGUUUUUAAAUUAUUUAGGAUAUACUGAUGUCUACUAAAAUUGGAGAUUCUGAAAUUAUCCUGAAAUAUGUUAAAAAAUUAUUCAUUGGAACUCAAGAUCCCUCUUCACUCUCCAGUCUAAAAUAUUCAAGCAAAGAAUUAUGA